GUUCGUGUCCAGCCCACUACUAGGAGCGGACGAAUAGUUUAUGAAGUUUAGAGAGAGAAAAACAUAGUUUUUAGAGAGAGAAAAUUUGGGACGAAGGAGCACGAAGACGAACCAAGAACCUUAUUUUACUCAAAAAACACAUACGUAUUUACGUCAAUUUAGGCACCUGUUGUCUGUAUAAGCAAGGGUGUGUAUCGUAGGAGAUUGAAAUGGCUUCACAAAUUCUAGGGCAAAUAUCUUUUGCUUUGAAUUGACGUAUUUUUCAUCAAAGAAAAACCCUAGAACCAACUUCAGGCUUGACGCAUUGGUAACCUUACCCGCAAUUCCGGCACAAUUGAGAAAAAGUUGGACGGGAUUGAGGCUGCUGGAAUAGUGCCUUAAGUUCAUUAGUACAAAAGGAAUUUGAUCAAGGCUUGUGCUGAUGGAGGGAAAGACCCUGUAGCUUUUAAGGUGGGAAUGCAUGGAUGUGGUGCGGAAUCUGAUCCCAUAGCCAAUGCCGAGGUUGACCCCAUGGGAGGAGUUUUUGAAGGUGGAGUUGGUAUUGGUAACAAAACUGCUCUACGGAGAUCACCAAUCGAUGAGGUUCAAAAUAAGCUUAGGCAGGAGUAUGAUUUCCUAGAGGAAAAGAGAAGAGAGUUAGAAUUUCUUGCGCAAGGUGGUGAUCCACUGGAUUUCAAAUUUGGGAAUGCUACUUCACUUAGUGUUCAGUCCACUUCUCUGACAGAUCAACAUCCAGAUCAGUUUGUGACCAGUGAAGCAAAAGGUAGUUUUGCAAUUAAUGCUUCACCUCAUGGAGACUCAGUUGAAAGUAGUGGUCGACUUGGGGCUCCUCAACUUUGUGAACCCAACAGUGCUGACAAUCUCAUGCUAUUUGAUGGUGAAAAUGAAUUCAUUGAAGGUGUUAGGUCCUGUAGACACCCCAGUAAGAGCAAUCUUACUCCGUCUGAGCAGUCAUCUAAGUUGGAUAGAAGUCGAAAUGCAAAAGAAUUGGGCGUUUCUGCUGCUUUUGGCGUCCCUAGAAAAGCUUACAAGCGAAGACACAGGCCCCGGUCUAAUGGAGAUGGCACUAGAUCAAGUACCACUGAUAUAAUUCUAGCUCGUGGUGGUCAUAGCACAUCUUUGCCUUCACAACAUUUUACUGAAGAUGUUAAAGGGCUAGUUUCUGAUGGUGAAAAUCCAAAAGACCAGAAAUCUUCUUUGAACAUUUCACAGCCUUCUAUUCCAAAUGGUUUUAUGCCUGUGGAAACUCCGUCUUCUGAUAAUCAGCUGGAUUCUGAAAUACAUGGCGUUAAAGCUGCAGAGGCAACUACUUACUUGAAGAAUGAGGAUCUGGCGCAUAGCAUUCCUGAAGCUAGUGCUUCCAGAGAUUUGCUGGAUAACCAACAUGAUCAGAAUUCACUCACUGGUGUCGAGGAAAUGUCUAUUCUGGAAGGUCUAGAAAAGCCUCAAUCAUCACUGGGAAAAGAAGGGGUAGGUUCUGCUGGUCAGGAAGGUCACUUGUGUACAGCUGCAGCAGAGCUUGAGAAUCAAGCUAGUAUCAGCAAUUUAAAUAGGUUAAGUCGUGGAAAGAGCGAGCAGAAAAGCCUACCAAUUGAUGUUCAAAGCAGUGGUGCAGCAUUGGGCACAAAAGGUUUAGAUUCAGAAUCUUCUCGCACUCAGGCUAUCCAUAGUCUGGAUCGAAAUACUAAUGAUAAUGAGACGUUUACCAACCCAACAAACUUAGACUCAAAUGGUGACUUGAAGGAACAACUGUCGGUGCCAGAGGGAACACCAGUUAUAGAAAGCAAUCUUAAAGAACAGAAAGAGGUGAAAGCUGAUGACAGUUGUGGUUUCACUAAUGAGAUAUGCAAUUCUGGUCCCAAAAAUCAUCAGAGUAAUUUUAUAGAUACGUCACAGGACGAAUUUGCUGGCAGUAAAUCUAAUUUGCAGAGUGAGGUAAAAGAUAAAAUUACCACCCAAGUGGAAAAAGUUGCCCCAUCUUCAUUAGAAACUGAGAGGAAACCCUGUACAAACUCAAGUGAUAGUUCCAACUUUCAAAAAGGAUAUGCUUGUAUUGUUGGCCGUAAGGGUUCGAUUGAGUCCAGAAUACCCGAGCCAUCCCAACAUGUAUCACCACAUGGAGUUUUAAAUCCUUCCCCUGAGGCACAAGCACCUGAGAUCAACCUUAAACUUGCUACCCCGGGUGAUGAAGACUCAAUCUUGAAAGAGGCACAGAUUAUAGAGGCAAAACGUAAAAGAAUUGCAGAGUUAUCUGCUGUGGCCUUUCCGUUGGAGAAUCGACGGAAAUCUCAAUGGGAUUAUGUACUCGAGGAAAUGGUUUGGCUGGCAAAUGAUUUUGCACAGGAACGUCUUUGGAAAAUGACUGCAGCGACUCAAUUGUGCCAUGACGUUGCUUUUACGGCACGGUUACGAUUCCAAGAACAAAAUAGCAGUUGCAAGCUAAAAAAGGUAGCCCAUAUUAUGGCCAAAUCAGUCAUGGGUUUCUGGCAGUCGAUUGAGGGGGGAAACAAACAACUGGAGCUACCAAUUUCUAGAAAGGAUCACGAUCUUGCUAUUAGGGAAUAUGCCAUGAGAUUUCUGAAAUACAAUGACUCUGAUGUUCGACAAAGCCUUGCUGAAGCUCCGGUGACUCCAGAGAGGGUGUCUGAUGGUGGAAUUGUGGAUGUGCCCCGGGAAGAUCAUUUGGGAGAAGAGAACCUCUUCUAUGCUGUCUCAUUUGGAGCAAUGGAAGCCUACAGAAAGUCUAUCGAAUCUCAUGUGCUUCACCGUGAGAAAACUGGUAGUAGUAUGCACGAAGAGGUGGAGACAUCAGCAUACGAUACCAUUCCAGACUACGCAUUUGAAGAGGAUGAAGGAGAUUCAAGUCCAUAUGAUACAUCAGUUGCCAUUGAAGGUAACAAAUCAUCAAGAUUUUCCCAGAAGAAAAGGAAGAUCCACAUUAAGACGUAUAGUGGAAGACCAUAUGGUGUUCGCGCCGAUGUACCAUUUACACAGCGUGCAGAAAACAAACUUGGUACUCAUCAAUCUAUGCAACUGGGAAAAAGGCCAUCUAACAAUCUUAAUGCGUCUAUUCCAACAAAGCGUAUGCGUACUGCUUCUAGGCAAAGAGUUCUUAGUCCUUACAGUGCUACAACAUCUGGAUGUGCUCAGUUGCCAAUCAAAACUGAUGCUUCAAGUGGCGAUACCAGUUCAUUUCAGGAUGAUCAGAGUACUUUGCAUGGGGGAUCACAUAUGCCAAAUAAUUUGGAAGUUGAGUCAGUGGGAGAUUUCGAGAAGCAUUUACCAUUUGAUUCCGCUGAAGUUUCAAAACCUAAAAAACAGAAAAAAGUGAAGAUUCUGGGUUCUGCUUAUGAACAGCGAUGGCAGGUUGAUUCUAAUUUUCAAAACGAGCAGAGGGAUUCUUCAAGAAAGAGAUUGGAGGGCCAUCAACUUGAUUCGAACGGUAGUAAUGGUUUAUUCGGCCAGCAUGUUGCAAAGAAACCAAAGAUGAUGAGGCAAUCACUUGAAAAUUCUUUUGAAAAUGUUGGCCCUGUUGGUGGUUUUGUUCCAUCUCCAGCAGCUUCCCAGAUGAGUAACAUGUCCAACCCAAAUAAACUCGUGAGAAUGCUUAGUGGUAGGGAUCAGGGCAGGAGAGCCAAAGCUUUGAAGAAUGAAUUUGAUAUGCAGAUGUCUGCUGGCCAAGCAGGUUCAGGAAGUCCAUGGUCACUAUUUGAGGACCAGGCACUUGUUGUCCUAGUGCAUGACCUGGGUCCAAAUUGGGAGCUUGUAAGUGAUGCUUUCAACAGUACUUUACAAUUCAAGUGUAUCUACCGCAAACCAAAGGAAUGCAAAGAACAACACAAAAUACUGAUGGACAGAAGUAGUGGUGAUGGUGCUGAUAGUGCUGAUGAUUCAGGAUCAUCUCAACCUUAUCCUUCAACAUUACCUGGCAUUCCCAAGGGAAGUGCCAGGCAACUGUUUCAGCGUUUGCAGGGGCCAAUGGAAGAGGAUACCCUUAGAUCUCAUUUUGAGAAGAUGAUCUUGAUCGGGCAGAAAUAUCUUUUACGAAAGAAUCAGGGUUAUAAACAUGAUCCAAGACAUCUCCAGCAACCACAUGAUUCUCACACACAUGCUCUUUCACAAAUUUGUCCAAACAAUCUGAGUGGAGGACCUAUUCUUACACCUUUGGACCUAUUUGAUGAUGCACCCUUGCCUAGUCCAGACUAUCUCUCUGUUGGAUGCCAAGGUCCGCGCCCAGGUGGAUUAUCUAUUUCAAGUCAGUGUGCAUUGAACUCAGUGCUCCCAGUGGCUGGUGCAAACUUGGCAGUCCAGGGUUCCUCCAGUAUGAUUGGUGGAAACAACUUCCCGUCAUCAUCAAGUCCCCUCAAUGCAUCUGUUAGGGAAGCUAGAUAUGUUCCUAGAUCUGCAUCUCUUCCAGUUGAUGAACAUCAGCGACUGCAGCAGUAUAAUCAAAUGAGAAAUAUGCAAUCCAAUAUGUCUGCUCCUGGAGUUCUUGCAACCACUGAUCGUGGUGGUGUUCAUACGCUUUCCAGUGGCAACAGCACGGGCAUGAUGGGUGGGGUUAAUAGAAGUAUUCCAAUGGCGAGGCCUGGGUUUCAAGGAGUUGCAUCACCGCCUAUGUUGAAUUCUGGAAGCAUGCUUUCCCCUGGGAUGGUAGCACUGCCAAACAGUGUGAAUAUGCAUUCUGGAGUGAGCUCUAAUCAGGUGAAUUCAGUGAUGAGACCUCGCGAUGGUUUGCGCAUGAUGCGGCCACCACAGAAUCAGGAAGCUCAGAGGCAAAUGAUGGUUCCUGAGCCUCAGCUGCAGACCUCUCAGGGAAGCAGCCAAGUGGUUCCUCCAUUUGGUGGGUUAAGUUCCUCUUUUCCCAACCAGUCUGCCUCUCCCGUUAAUCCAUAUCCACUUCAUCAUCAGCAAUCACAUCCCAUGUCUUCACAGCAGCCACUUAUGCUUAGCCCUCAUCACCCUCAUCUUCAAGGGGCUAAUCAUGCCACCAACUCUCAGCAACAAGCUUAUGCAAUUCGAUUAGCUAAAGAGAGGCACCUGCAACAGCGACGGUUGCAACAGCAACAAUUUUCCCAUUCACAGCCCCAACUACCUAUUUCAUCUUCUUUACAAAACAGUCCGAAGACCACAUCACAAUCUUCUCUGCCAGUAUCAGUUUCUCCUUUGACAUCCCCCACCUCAAUGACCCCAAUGCCUCAACCUCACACAUUGCCAGCUCAUGGGCAUGCACGGACUGCUCAAACUGCAGGCAGCAGUCUGACUACUCAGAUGAGCAAGCAAAAACUACGUCAGACAGGGCGGCAGCAGCUUCAAUCAGCAGGCAGGCACCUUCCUCCACAGCGGCCGCAGUCACAAUCACAGCAACAAGCUAAACUAUUUAAGGGAGUUGGCAGAGGGAACAUGACGAUGCACCAGAACUUGCAGGUAGAUCCUUCUCUAAUGAAUGAGCUUUCUAGCAAUCAGGCGAAUCAAUCUGCUGAGAAAGGUGAGCAAGCUACUAGCUUGAUGCAAGGUCAUGGACUAUAUUCUGGGUCAGCACACGGUCCUGUCCAGAUUGGAAAACAAGCUAUGGCACCUCAUUCUUCAAGUCAGUUGCAACAGCCCCAGCCUAAGAUUUACUCUGGCCAACCAGCUCCAUCUACUAAGCAUCUUCAGCAGGAGAUGCCUUCUAAUCCGGGUAAUAGCAAUCAAAAUCCUGCCUCAUUGGCUGCCUCAGAUACCAAUUCAUCUCAGCAAUCUGUUCCGUUCUCAGUCUUAGGUUCUUCUAACCACCAAGCCUUGGUGCAUCAACAGUCACAGGUGCAGCCACAGCCAAAAUUGAUGAAUAAAAAACAAGCAACUGUACAACGAGUUUUGCAGCAGAACCAUGUAGUAAAUUCAGAUCCAUCAAAGAAGUUGCAAGCUGGUGAAUCUCAAGCUGAACAACGUUCUAUGUGCAAAACUUCUCAGAUAGGUGUAAUCACCUCAAUGCCUCAGGAGUGCAACAAUGCAACUAAUGUCGCAGAUGCUUCAACCCUGAACAAUAAUCAGUGGAAGGGUACAGAACCAUUAUUUGAUUCAAUAGGGGCUCCCCCUACAAAUUCUGCUGGCAGUGAGUCAGCGCCUCAAGUUAGCCGAGGAGUAAGUCAAAGAAGAUCUUCAGGCAACUUGUCUCCAACAGGGCCUGAUAAUAGUGUCAACUGGCUACAAAAAUCCUCCCAAUUGCAGCCUUCUUCCCCAGUGACCCAGCCACAGUUACAGCAGCAGCAGCAGUUAUCACCAUUGCAACAGACUCAGGUUCUGCAAGCAGGGAAUAGCAGUUCGUUUGCUAGACCCAAUGACUGUAGACUGGAUUGAACUGUCCUCAACAGAUAUGGAUGAUUCCUAGGUGGCUAAUUAGUCCCUGAAUGGGCAGCAUGCCUGGGAAACAGCGGUGUACAGAUGAAGCUUGUUAUCCCCGAGGGCAUCACUUCAUGGCAAGUUGGUGAAUUUUCAAGGUUUAGCAGUACUAGAUGAACGGCUGCUAUUUUUUUUGGGUUUCUGUAUAUUAUUGUUGCCCUAGAGCCUCAGGAAGGUAGGGACAGAUAUAGAGGUAUAUGUACAGGGUUUCACUUUAUCUGGGUUUUCCCCUCUUUAAACGUUACUUUUUUCAUUUUCGUAAAGCCCCUAGCUCCACCUGCUCACCCAGUGGUUCCUGUUUGAUUUUGCCCCAGUAGAUCAUUCCCAUGUAUCAUUGCCCGUGAAUUCAAGGGGGUAGUAGUUGUCAUUUUUAUGGCCAAAGGCUGUGGGAAAUUUUGUGAAUACUAGUCUUUUGUAUUUGUCAGAACAGUCACCAUACAUGACUGCAGCUUCGUAGUAGCCUCCCUGAUUCUUGUAAAUUGUUCUUGUUUGCAUUUUGCAAAUCUUUAUUGAGAUCCAAUUGCUGCUG